AGAAUGCCCAUUAGCAGUAUCGCGUGCAAUAAUAGUCAAACAAGAUCCUUCGGUGGCGUUCUAGGACACUAGACUUGGUCUCUAAACAUUCGACACCUUCACCACAUCACUAGCACAGAUCUGGCAUGAGACGAAAUCAACUUUGAUCAAUUCGCACCGUUCAGCCUGGUCGAGUGUCAAGUCGAUUUCUGGACGCAGAUCAUGGACGAGGACGGUCUACGCGAUAUUCUUCCCAGUUCCUUCGGAGGCGGAGCGGGAGGCUUCGAUGCUCAGGCUCAGUUGGAACAAGCUCGACGUAAAGUGCCAGAGGCACAAGAAGCCAAAGCCCGCUCAAAAGCAGGGAGUGAUUCGGAUUCAGACGACUCCGACGACUCUGACGACGACGAAGAUGAAUAUCCCAUCUCUCAUGAAAUUGUCUUCAAAACGCACGACCGUCCAGUCACUACCAUCACGGUAGACCCUUCUGGGUCCCGCAUGAUCACAGGUUCUACGGAUUGCACGAUCAAACUGCACGAUUUCGCCUCCAUGACUCCAAACACACUACGGGCGUUCAAGUCCGUCGAUCCUACCGCCACGAAGACGUCAGCCAAUUCAGAGACGCACCCGGUCCACACCGCGAAAUUCAACCCAAACUCGCCCGGUCAGGUCCUCAUCGUUUCGGCGACGACACAGGCCAAGAUCCUGUCGAGAGACGGCGAAACAAUCACAGAGUUUGUCAAAGGCGACAUGUACCUGCGCGACAUGAACAUGACCAGGGGCCACGUCAGCGAGAUCACCAGCGGCACUUGGCACCCUUUUCUGCCCGACCUCUUCGUCACCGCCGGCACCGACAGCACCAUCCGGAUCUGGGACGUCAACGUGCGCAACAAGCAGAGGGACGUGAUUGUGCACAAGUCGAAGCUGGCGGGAGCGGCGGGCCGAAGUCGAAUGACGGCCGUGGCCUGGGGCAGUCAGGUCGAGGGUAAAAACAGCCUCCUCGUCGCCGCGGCCCUGGACGGCUCGCUGUCGAUGUGGGGGGGCGAAGGCCCCUACCACAGACCGAGCGCUGAGAUCGGCCAGGCUCACACGAGCAACACCUGGACGAGCGGCAUCGACAUCAGCGCCGACGGGAGACUCGUCGUGACCCGGGGCGGCGACGAGACCGUCAAACUGUGGGACACGAGGAAAUUCAAGCAACCCGUCAAUACCGCGACUCACACAUCCACGUCCAGCCAAUACCCGACCUCCAACAUCAUGUUCGCACCCAAUUCCUCGUCGAUCGUCACCGGUUCCGAGACUGGAGAUCUCUACAUCUUGAACCCCGCCACGCUCAAACCCGAACUCGUCACGGCCGUCACGCCGGGUUCGCCGUUGAUCAGUGUCUUGUGGCACGACAAGCUCAACCAGAUCGUCACGGGAAGCGCCAACGCCGAGACGCACGUCCUCUUCAACCCCAAGAUCUCCAACAAGGGAGCCGUCAUGGUCAUGUCCAAGCCGCCCAAACGUCGCCACGUCGACGACGACCCCAGCCUCACCACCGACAUGUCGCAGGGCAUCUCCGGCGACGCCAUCGUCAACCCGGGCACGAGCGGUGAAGCCAUCCAGGGCAGCACGUUCUCGUCGCGGCACCCCACCAUCGGCCUCACGGCGUCCGGCAAGUCCAGGGACCCCCGGAGGCCCCACGUGCCGGCGUCGACCCCCUUCUCGCGGGGCCAGCCGGACGAGAAGCACAUCAAGGAGAGGAUCCCCCUGAGCUCCAUGAGGGAGGAGGACCCCCGGGAGGCCCUGCUCAAGUACGCCGACAAGGCCCAGAACGACCCGAUGUUCACCAAAGCCUGGGGCAAGACGCAGCCAAAGACCAUCUACGCCGAUCUCAGUGAUGAUGACGACGAGGAUGAAGAUGAAAGGAAAAAGAAGAAACAAAAGACAUGAUAUUUAAUGUGACUACUCUAGGUAAGAUAUCUAUUAUCGCCGGUCCUGUCACCCUAGCUCGGCUCCGAUAUGCCGGCUCUCGCCACAACAAGAUUGACACUCGUCUGUACGUCCGAUACAAUUCUAAAUGGCCCAACAAUUGCAACGACAGUAUAUGGAUACAGAUACGAUGUACAAGACACCAACAGCAAUCGCUUGCCAAAUAAACACGAAGCUUCUUUUCUUGUUUCAAAAUACAACAAAGCCUGGACCGAUUUCAGGGCUGUGACACGUUUCGUAUUCGUACAAGAAACAUCACAAAAUGUUCCAACGCCGCCAAAGGAAAAAAAACCCAUCUGUGUCAAGAAUUGGCAACGCAAGAAGAAAUACCUCAAACUUCCUUCUCAGGACGACCGUAAAAGGCUUCCUUGAUUCCCUUUUUGGAUGGGUGGACAAGUCUUUUCAGUCCCAUCCACGGGGUGUUGAUUGGUGAUUCACCCGUGUAAAUGAAGGCGUCGUAUAGGAACCCACCAAAAGUGCAACCUAUGAAUGGAGCGAUCAUUGGAAUCUUUGCAUCUCGGUUAGCUGAGAAAAGUAGGGGUUAUCGUAGGGAUGAGAAAAAUCAAUGGCACAGCGAGAGAGAGGGAGAGGGAGAAGGAACGAAAGAAAGCA